GAUUGAUCGGAUCUCCUCUUGCUCCUCUCCUUCCCCUCUCCCCUGACUCCUCUCUCAUUCUAUCCCUCCUCGACGCUCACCCCUUCGCGCUUCAUUUUGAGUCUCUUGGUUCGGCCUCGUCAUCAUGGCCGACGCCGCCGGAGACCGUGUCAUGUGUCAUGCUUGCGGCGGCGUCUGGCCGCGCAGCGAGCACGGCCUGAUUUGUCCGCAAUGCCAGUCGGACUUUACCGAGAUUGUCGAAAUCCCUCCCGACCCCGAUGAAGAACCGCCUUCUAUUUCCGACCGUCCCGACUCUGCCUCUUCUCCCCGGUCUGCCGGCUCUCCGCGCAACCCAUGGGCUGAUCAUAACCCCUGGGCUGCUCCCCAAGGGGAUCAGGACCGUAACGAGGGUGAACAGCCCUGGGACUCCGGAAGUGGAUUCCGGCAUCGCACAUACCGGUCCCCGGACGGUCGCUUCACUUUCUCCACAACCACCUACACGCAUGGCUUUGGCGGGCAGUCCGGGCAGUCCCCGUCCACGCGGAGCACUUCGAACCUCGAUCCGAUGAUGAUGGUGCAGAAUAUGGACAACAUCUUCCGGGGCUUGACCAGCAACUACCAACAACGCGAGCGUUCGGCCUCUGUGUCCAGCUCGGGGCAAGCCUCUAGCCAACCUCGGGGACAGGGACAACGUCUGGGCUCCUUUGAAUUCAAUAUUGAAACCGGGAACUCCGCAACGUCCAGCCAGGAUGGUGGCUUACAUCCUCGAGACGCGGAUGGUCCGCAGCCGAUUAACAAUCCGCUACGGACCUUGAGUGAUAUCCUUGAGUUGUUUCGUGCAGAUUUGGGUGCCAACGCCCAAGCGGCUGGAACUGGCGGCGCACGGGUGGUGACAGGGACUAACCCGCUGGCGAUGCUGUCGUCGCUGUUGAGUUUCGAUCGCCUUGGCGACGCGGUCUAUUCACAAGAGGAGCUAGACAGGGUCAUCUCUCAGCUGAUUGAUCAGACUGCCAACCGUGGCGCACCUCCUCCAGCUCCUGCCAAUGCUAUUCGAUCCUUGCCGAAGAAGAAGGUUGACACGGAAAUGUUGGGCCAUGAAGGCCGAGCUGAAUGUUCGAUUUGCAUGGAUGCUGUGGAGCUCGGAGCCGAAGUGACGGUGCUUCCUUGCAAGCAUUGGUUUCAUUAUAACUGCAUCGAGCUUUGGUUGAACCAACAUAACACUUGUCCUCAUUGCCGACGGGGUAUAGAUUCCCCUCAGACUCAAGGAACAAGCGAUAACCCGGUGGUAAUUGCCGAUAGUCCUGAGCCUGUUUCGCGACGCACAAGCAGUGCCGAGGCCAACCCCGGUAGAUCGAUACAGCCGCCCCCAGGCGCUUGGCCUGAACAAUCACCCUCCUCGUGGAGCUCGCGGUCAUUCUCAUCUUGGUCAGCUGCGUCGCCUGGUCCUAGCUCUGAGGCGCCAGCUCAACGACAGGAGCAGGGACGAGACCAGGGACGAGACCAGGGGCAAGGUCAGGGACAUGAUCAAGGACAUGGUCAGGGCGAAAGCCAGGACCGGAACAAUGGACAGGAACAACGACGAGAUAGCCGUGGUGAGGGAUCUAGCACCGGCUCCGGGUUUACGGGCUGGGUGCGUAACCGAUUGGGAGGAGGGGGCAGCAGCAGCUGACUUGGAGAGGAGGGACUUUUGUAUAGACUUUGGACGACGACAGCAGCUGGUCAGGAGAUUGGGAUCCGAUGCGACGACUAGCUUUGUUACGUAGUAACGACCUUACCUUGCUUGGCAUUGGC